AUGAGUGGCGAAGGUGGAAAUCGUCAGGAAAUCCUGGCGUCGUUGCAAACGCGAUUUUCCGUCGUCGAUUAUUGCGUGUUUGCGUUUUUGCUCGCGGUUUCUGCUGUCAUUGGCCUCUACUUUGGCUUCCGCAAAAAGCAAAAGACGACUGCAGAUUUUCUCAUGGGGGGACGAAGUAUGGGAGUGUUCCCUAUGGCCAUGUCUCUUAUAGCAAGCUUUAUGUCAGCGAUUGCUUUGCUCGGAACCCCGGCGGAAACGUACCAAUUUGGCACGAUGUACUGGAUCAUCGGAAUCUCCUACAUUUUGAUGACUGUAUCUGCAAUGUACUGGUACUUCCCUGUAUUCUACAAAAUGAACGCAAUGUCUGCCUACGAAUACCUCGACAGACGCUUCAACAGAUUUCUGCGAUGCCUGGGAUCUGCGAUUUUCAGCAUUCAGAUGGGCGGAAUGAAAGCAGUGAUGUGGACUGAUACAGUGCAAGUGCUCAUCAUGUACGCUGCACUUGUGGCCGUGGUGCUCAAGGGCGUCUUCGACAUCGGGGGAUUCGGAGCUGUGUGGGAAGCGAAUCAAAGGACGCAGAGGAUCGAGUUCAACGACUUUAGCAUGAACCCGACAGUUAGACAUACGUGGUGGUCACUCGUUAUCGGAGGAUAUUUCACGUGGAUCGCCAUUUAUGGAGUCAAUCAGGCCCAAGUUCAGCGGUACUUGUCAGUACCUUCCAUGGCACACACUCGGAAGGCCCUGUGGGUCAACCUGGUCGGGUUGCUGUGCCUCGUAUCAAUCUGCUCAUACGCCGGGCUCGUGAUUUUCGCCAAGUACCAAGACUGUGACCCACUCAAGGCCAAAAUAGUUUCAACAUCAGACCAGCUCUUCCCGCUCUUCGUCAUGGACACGAUGGGCAAUUUCCCGGGCAUCCCCGGCGUUUUCGUCGCCGGCAUUUUCAGCGGCGCCCUCAGAUUUUGUCAAAAGCGGGAAAUUUGCUUGAUGAGUAAAAGUAAAAUUCACUUCAGACGCUGUGCAGCCUUGAGCAUUUUUGGGAUGAUCGGAGGGCCGUUGCUUGGAAUGUUUACGCUCGGAAUGUUUUUUCCAUGGGCCAACAGCAAGGGUGCCAUCGCGGGUUCCAUUGGUGGUUUGAUCAUCACGUUCUGGAUCGGAACCGGGGCCCAAAUAGCAAAAUCUUCAGGGCUGCUCGGAACGCCCAAGAAACCCGUUUCGACCGAGGGUUGCGUUCAGCUUUAUUCCCUGGAACCCAGUUUACAAGAACUGUUCAACACGACGCUUCUUCAGAUUCUCGCCGAAGAAGACCAAAUUUCGGCUUCGAUCGUCACUGCCACAGAAGCCGGAUUUGCCAACGAAUUCAUCACAGUUUCGCCGAAAGAUCAGGCCCUGUGGGUCAACCUGGUCGGGUUGCUGUGCCUCGUAUCAAUCUGCUCAUACGCCGGGCUCGUGAUUUUCGCCAAGUACCAAGACUGUGACCCACUCAAGGCCAAAAUAGUUUCAUCAUCAGACCAGCUCUUCCCGCUCUUCGUCAUGGACACGAUGGGCAAUUUCCCGGGCAUCCCCGGCGUUUUCGUCGCCGGCAUUUUCAGCGGCGCCCUCAGCACUGUGUCAUCUGGACUCAACUCGUUGGCUGCCAUCACGUUGGAGGAUUUUGUGAAGCCAUUUAUCUUCAAGAAUAUGACGGACGCGAGAGCGACGCAAAUGUCAAGAAUUCUUUCUCUCAUCUUCGGAAUUCUUUCUUUCGUUUUGGUUUUCAUCGCGGAAAAACUCGGAAACGUUCUGCAGGCAGCUUUGAGCAUUUUCGGGAUGAUCGGAGGGCCGUUGCUUGGAAUGUUUACGCUCGGAAUGUUUUUUCCAUGGGCCAACAGCAAGGGUGCCAUCGCGGGUUCCAUUGGUGGUUUGAUCAUCACGUUCUGGAUCGGAACCGGGGCCCAAAUAGCAAAAUCUUCAGGGCUGCUCGGAACACCCAAGAAACCCGUUUCGACCGAGGGUUGCGUUCAGCUUUAUUCCCUGGAACCCAGUUUACAGCUUGACAAGUUGUGCUGCGAAGAAACACUGGGUCAUCUAGAGUCAAUGCCACUUUUGGGAUUGUACAGCAUUUCAUACAUGUGGUAUUCGGCAAUCGGGUGCAUUUCAGUCAUCGUCAUUGGCAUGCUCGUCAGCUGGUUCACGGGUUUCGAAGACAUGCGAAAAAUGAAUCCAGAUUUGAUCAGCCCCGGAGCAGUGAGCUUCAUGAAGCUUUUGCCUCAGAGUUGGCGUGACGCAGUUGGUUGGCAUUUGGGAGCGGAUUACGAUCAGAAAUCGCUUCAUGGAGUCAGUUCGAAGGACACGAUGGCGUCCAAAGACAGCGACGUUUCGGGCAUCAUCUUCGGCACAAACGUGUCCCAUGAAGUUUACUUGAAACCCGACGGAUUCCACGGAAAAUUCACUCAGAUAAAGGAUGAAUCCAAUGACGUACCUGCACUCACAGUAUCAGAAUACGGAGAUGCACUUAUUGAAGCUCGCACACUGACCAAAGGUACUCUCAGCAGUGAUUCUUCGUCGAUAUCGAGCGAAAGUUCUCGGUCGGAAGAAAGAGAAAUCGACGUUGCGGAGGAAACAAGCGACAUCUCUCCAGAUAAAAAACAAUCAGAUAACAGCUUGCUGGAAAACCUUCCGAUAGGUGACUCGACUGAAGAGCCAGCGAGUCGCACGGAAACUGAAGAACAAGACGAUAUUAUCAUAGUAUCGUCAUCCACAUCCUCUUCAACGAAUUCUUCACUGAAGAAUGAAGGCGGAGCAACAAAUCCGGGCUUCGUUCCCGACCAAAUCAUAAAGGAUGAAUCCAAUGACGUACCUGCACUCACAGUAUCAGAAUACGGAGAUGCACUUAUUGAAGCUCGCACACUGACCAAAGGUACUCUCAGCAGUGAUUCUUCGUCGAUAUCGAGCGAAAGUUCUCGGUCGGAAGAAAGAGAAAUCGACGUUGCGGAGGAAACAAGCGACAUCUCUCCAGAUAAAAAACAAUCAGAUAACAGCUUGCUGGAAAACCUUCCGAUAGGUGACUCGACUGAAGAGCCAGCGAGUCGCACGGAAACUGAAGAACAAGACGAUAUUAUCAUAGUAUCGUCAUCCACAUCCUCUUCAACGAAUUCUUCACUGAAGAAUGAAGGCGGAGCAACAAAUCCGGGCUUCGUUCCCGACCAAAUCGUGGCCAAAGACACAUGA